UGUACUAGAUCAUAUUAGCAGUCCGAAUAAAUUAAACCUUAAUCGGGCUAAAAAGUUAAGCGAAUAUAGAUUUAUAGAAAUUAAUUAAGGCGAUGAAGGACUGCAUCGAAAUUUUCGAUGGGGAGUUUGAGGUCCUGCGUGUGACUCCACCGCUUUAUGAUGAAGUUGAAGAGUUGCUUGUGAACAUUUCGAUCAAUUAUGAGUUCGGCUGUGUGAUCGCUAAACUGAAAGACUCCCCGUUGGCCAUUGCCGAGCUACGUAAUCUUAUAAGACACAUCAUAUCCCGAGGAAUAUCAUUCGCUAUACGACACGUGGAAAGUGGCAGAAUUGUGGCUGCAAUCGCUAAUAUAAUAUUUAAUACAAAGAGAAAAACUUUAUACUACGACAUUUGCGACCAGAUCAGGAGUCCAAACAUGAUUAAGUAUAUGGAACUUUGGGAUGCUAUCGAUGCGAGCUUUGAUGUCAACGAGCACUGCCAGGUGGACAGCACGGGAGAUGUGGAAUACAUGGCCACUGUGCCGGAGUUCAGACGACGUGGCCUGGGCCACAUCCUAUGCCAGCACUCCAUCCAGUUCGCUAGUCUCUUGGCCCAGCGGAAGCUGCCGCUCGAGACACUCGCCCAGCUGCCUGAGGAGAUGCGGAUUGAAAGACCGCAGGCCGUUGUCGCCAUAACUACAUCCCAAUCCUCGCAAAUAAUGGGCAGACAAUUGGGAAUGAAAACUGUGCACAAGUGGCACUUUUCCGAGCUGAUGUCCUUGUGCGGAGCAAUGGCGGAGUCCAAUGGCGCAGCACAGGCCUGUGAAUAUGCAGAACUGCAAGUAGUAAAGAUUUGAUGGAAACCUAAUGCGCAAUCUGACUAGGUUCAUAGAUUACUUGGUAAAAAAAGAUAACGACGCAAGAGUUCUUUAAAAACGUAAUUUAAUUUUUAUAAAUACAAAAAAAGUUUAAACCUCAUUCUUAUAUUAUUGGAAAUUGAACUAAAGAAAUGUACUUUCGCAGGAGUUCUUUAAAAACGGCAUUUAAUUUUUAAAAAAUACAAAAAAAGUUUAAACCUCAUUCUUAUAUUAUUGGAAAUUAAACUAAAAUCCAGCGAAACACUUUUUAACAGUAUAAUUUCAUUUGUUAAGCUUAAUUAGGUGAGUCGCUAUCAUCUUAGGUAUAUUUUACACUGUAUCAGCAUUUUGGAUGAUGAGUUCUACCUUCUACGGAUUACACCAGGUUUAUACAAUAAACCUGAAGAAGUGUGCAUACGAAUUCUAAAAUUACCUGUAAUUCUGAAUUAUUUAUCCAGGAAUGCGGAAUUUUUAUGAUUUAUCGCCAAUCUGAAGAAUUCGCCAGAGACGAUCAAACUACUCCGGACUUUAAUAAUACAUACAGCUGCCCUGGCCUUUAUUAUAAUUACUUGAUUAUUUAGAGAAGCAGAACUUCAAAAGGGAUUUUUUCUUCUUUCGUGUUAUGUUCCAGUUUAAAAGUCUCUAAAUGGGUAGAUUAUAGAGAUGAAGUACGUGGUUAUCAUCGGAAAUUCCUAGUUCUAGUCCUUUUAGUACUUUGACCAGACAUAUCAUUCAUAUCGAAAGCUAAAAAGAGUAAACUUAAUCCUGAGAUGUUCGCCCAACUUUCCAACAAGCUUAUAGAUCCGGUGUUAUACAUAUACGAUGGGCACAUCCCCAUCAUAUGUGAGAUGUGUUCGUUCUUCAAAUGGCUCAUAGGCGGAAAAAAUUGGAGUUGACAGCCUGGGUAGGUGAUAAAUUAAUUUAAAUUCAUAUAAACCAGUAUUAUUAAA